AUGCUGCCUAGGGACAAGCAACGUCGCACAACCCACUACAGCUCAUCGCUCGAGAAGGCUAUGAGCCAUUCCGAGGCAAAGCAGUUCUACCAACGACAACGCGCCGAGAAGCUCGACAGUCCAACCAUGGGCAAGCCUCGUACCCUCAGUUCUCACGUUGCCGGCGAUGCUACUGCCUUUUCUUCUCCGCUUAACCCGCUGAGAGCUAGUAAGAGCACCGUCAGCUUGCAAGCAAAGGAUGCUGCAUACAAAUCUGCUCUGCCUGUUGGCAUCGCCAAUGCCGCAAAGCUCCCGACCAGCACUGAAGUUCAGACUCCUGGCCUCGGCCACUUCGACAGCGCCCGCCACUCUUUCUCCCAACAAAACGACGCCCCUUCACCCUUGAUUCAGGCCGAUCGGGAAGCUCGCGCCCACACACAUCACCCCAACCUGCCUCAUGAGCAGAAGCCUUUCCUGGAGCAACAAGGUCUACAUGGUGCAGGAGCUGGCGUGGGUCUGGGAAGUGGUUCUGGAGGCUUUGCUGUAGACGACUCAAAGGUCACUGCUGAGCUGACAGCCAUCUACAGCAACAUCCAAAAGGUCUUGGACCUGAGACAUAAAUACAUGCGUUUGUCGCUACAGGGUGCCACGGACAAUCCCAAAGAUGAGCCCGGCUGGACCAUAUAUCCUCCUCAUCCCGAUCCUUCGUGGCAGGAAUACGAGCAGAACAUGACUGAAAGCCAAGACCUCAAGACUCCACGUAGGAGGCCUCGUAAGAUGGGCCAGAACAUUGGUGAAGACUUCGAACUUGACGACCUGAUGCCUGUGCCUGGACCUGGCGAGAUGGCCUUCCGUAUGGAUCCAAACGGCGUCUACCAAGUCUAUGAGAACAACAAAGCCGCCGAGCUCGACACUCCCAUUGUCCAUGUUCCGACCAUUCGCGAGUUCUACAUGGAUCUCGACGCCAUCCUGAAUGUUUCCUCGGAUGGUCCUAGUAAGAGUUUUGCUUUCCGUCGUUUACAAUACCUCGAGGGCAAGUUCAACUUGUAUAUUCUGCUCAAUGAGUAUCAGGAGAUUGCAGACACCAAAGCUGUGCCGCACAGAGACUUUUACAAUGUUCGUAAGGUCGACACUCACGUACACCACUCGGCUUGCAUGAACCAAAAGCAUUUGCUCCGUUUCAUCAAAAGCAAGAUGAAGAAAAGUCCCAACGAAGUUGUUCUGUUCCGUGACGGCAAGCAUCUGACUUUGCGGGAGGUCUUUGAAAGUAUCAACUUGACUGCAUAUGACCUCUCUAUCGACACGCUUGAUAUGCACGCUCACACUGACUCUUUCCACCGUUUCGACAAAUUCAACCUCAAAUAUAACCCUGUCGGCGAGUCACGUUUGCGUACCAUUUUCCUGAAAACGGACAACUAUAUUCAUGGCAGAUACUUGGCCGAAAUCACGAAAGAGGUCAUUGCUGAUCUUGAGGCUAGCAAGUACCAGAUGGUAGAAUGGCGCAUCUCCAUCUAUGGUCGUGAUCUAGAGGAGUGGGACAAAUUAGCGGCCUGGGUUGUGGAUAACAAGCUGUACUCGCCUAACGUGCGAUGGCUGAUCCAGAUCCCCCGCCUCUACGACGUCUACAAGAACUCCAACCUGAUGGAGAACUUUGAGCAGGUCAUUCAAAACGUCUUCCAGCCUCUUUUCGAAGUGACACAAGACCCUAGCUCGCAUCCCAAAUUGCACAUCUUCCUGCAACGAGUCAUUGGAUUCGAUUCAGUCGACGAUGAGAGCAAGACGGAGCGUAGAAUCUACCGCAAAUUCCCACUUCCCAAAGAGUGGAACACAGCACAAAACCCACCCUACUCGUACUGGAUCUACUAUCUGUUCGCGAAUAUGUCGUCGCUCAACGUCUGGCGCAAGCAGCGUGGCUUCAAUACUUUCCUUCUGAGACCUCAUUGUGGUGAGGCUGGCGACACUGACCAUCUCGCGGCUGCUGUUUUGUGCUGUCACAGCAUCUCCCACGGUCUUCUAUUGCGUAAGGUACCCUUGUUGCAAUACAUUUUCUACCUGGAGCAGAUUGGCGUUGCAAUGUCGCCCUUGUCCAACAACGCACUGUUCCUUGCUUACGAGCGCAACCCUUUCCUACUAUACUUCCGCCGCGGUUUGAACGUCUCCCUGUCCACCGACGAUCCCCUUCAGUUUGCCUUCACAAAGGAACCCCUCAUCGAAGAGUACGCAGUGGCUGCUCAGAUUUACAAGCUCAGUGCAGUCGAUAUGUGCGAGCUCGCCAAGCAUUCGGUCCUCCAGAGUGGAUUCGAGCACUCUGUCAAACAGCGCUGGCUCGGUCACAACUACCACCUUCCCGGAGUUGCUGGAAACGACAUGGCAAAGGUCAACGUGCCAAACAUCCGCGAGGCAUUCCGCCAUGAGACUUGGUUGCAGGAACUUGCCAUGUAUGCUAAUCUUCCCAAAGGCAGAGAUUCGCCCACGUUUACUGAUUUUCCACUUUAG